GGGGCAUACAACUUCGUUUUUCUUGUGUUGCGUUGAAUACAUUCCACUUGAAAUGAUACAAUGGAUUCUGAAUAGAUUAGGCGCUAUAUCUAUGGGUUGGGCUAUCUCUUAUUAUUUCUAAACUUACUGAUCUAAAUGAAAACCCACGUGAUACAGCAACAUUUAUAAAUUCGCUUGAACAUUCUUUUUUUUUGAGAUUCGUAAGAGCACAUCUUUAGCUCUAUUCUCUGUUUCAGUGACAAAAAUAACACUUCGUGGAUAUCUUCAUAAUGAGCUGCUACGGAUAUAUCCGUUCCAAAAAGAUGUACACUGGCAGUAAUAGAAUCAGGAGUGAAAAGGGAUUAAAAUUUUCACAAAAAAAGUGUAACACUGAUGACGAGACAGAUCUUGAAUGCAAGCGCAAGUUUGGACGCAACCACCCCUAUGACGGCAGAAUAAACUUUAAGCACUUAAUAAACCAAGUUCUCAAAGAAGGAUUCUACAUACUUACAGAAGCGAAGUAUCUUCACCUCAGUUAUCGUAUGGACCUUUCUUUCGAGGAAGAGUAUAGCCGUCCUCAGAGGUGUCUACAAAACCAGUAUGACCACGCCGAGAUAGAUCUCAGAAAUCUGUACUACACCGCACACAGAGCUGAAGUGGACGCAGCACACGAUACGCGUGGCGCCAGAAUUAAGCCAGGCUUUUCUGACGAAACCAUCGGCCAGGUCGAAUGCGAGGGGUACAGGGGGAAUGCUCAGGACUACGUGGAUGAAGCCAAAAGGCGCCUUUCUAUGAGCAAGACCCCAAAGGAGAAGGAAGUCCACAGCAAGAAGCUUCAGUUGUUUGAGUCCAUGCUUGAGUUACAGAAAAUAAGCAUUGUGCCAGAGCAUUUAAAGGGACCAAGGUUUACCAUGUAGUGAUGUGCCAAUGUUGUAGCUUCCAUUUCUUAUGGCGGUGUACAAAUUUUAUUAUAAGAUCAACUAUAGAUAUUUAAAAAUAUUUAAAAAUGUAGAAGAAGUUAAGAAUCUAUGCUUAUGUAUUUUUGAUUAUUGUUUGUAUAGUUCAGUUACUUAAAACGUUAUAAUUUUCAAUGAAAUUCACAUGUCAUUUUUAAAAAAUGUAAUUUAAAUAAUAUAAAUGGAAAUUCUUUUUUUUUUUCAAACAUUCACAGUAAAAGUUUGUAUUAAAUUAUCUCCCUUAUUGUAUAGGGCCUACUAUUUUUUGAACUUUU